UGACUGAGCAUGAAGGGAGGAAAGAAAGAAUGAAUAGUGUAUUUAUUAACAACCAGACCAUCAUUUGCCUGAAACCAACCAUGUUCAAAAUUUAAGCUUAAUUAUUUAGUAUUGUCUUCUCCUGUUAGCCUACGUACCUUGGUAAUUACACAACAAAAACUAUGUCUCGCAAACUCACACUCAUUAUUGUUCUUGUUUUGCUCCUUAACUCUUUUAUAGGCUCCACUCAUGCUUUUGCGAGUGAUAUUAAUUGUUUGAAAGAGAUUAAAGCUUCCCUUGAAGACCCUUUUGGUUACUUAAACUCCCCAUGGAACUUUGAUAACAACACAGAAGGUUUCAUCUGUAAAUUUAUAGGGGUUGGGUGCUGGCAUGGUGAUGAGUCCAAGGUCAUAAACCUUCAACUCUCUGAUAUGGGACUCAAGGGAACUUUCCCAAGAGGGGUAACAAACUGCACAAGCUUGACAGGUUUGGACCUUUCCAAUAACAACCUCUCAGGGAACAUUCCCUACAACAUAUCAAGAUUGAUCCCCUUUGUGACUAGUCUUAAUCUCUCCUCCAACAACUUCUCAGGUGAAAUCCCAAUCAGCCUUGCCUAUUGUACUUAUCUAAAUGUGCUUAAGCUUGAUCACAACCGACUCACCGGUAACAUCCCGAGGGAGCUCCCUAUGUCUCUUGCAAGGCUCAAGGAGUUUUCAGUGGCAAACAAUAUAUUGUCAGGGGAAGUGUCUGAUUCAUAUUCAAGAUUCACUGCUAUUAGCUUUGCAAACAAUCUUGAUCUUUGUGGGGGGCCUUUGGGGCCCUGCCAUUUUCACAAGCAUCACAUGAAACCACUUGAUCCAUUCAAAAUAGGAUUUGGAACUGGUUAUUUUGUUUCAGCUACAGUUGUGUUUUACACACUUUCUGUGUCUUGGUUUCAAGUCAAGAUGAUUAUGAAGAGUGUAAUAUUUUCUGUGGUGGAAAAUUUACAAAAGAGAAAACAAAAUGAACAGCUGCAUCACUUUCCAACUCUCAAACACCAAAAAGAGAUUUCUCAACUUGAAAAGAUGGUUAAUAGGAUGAGUUUUCCAGAACUUUGCAAAGCAACAGACAAUUUCAGCAUCUUCAAUGUGAUAGGAAGAGGAAAUACAGGAACCAUGUACAAGGCCACUCUUUCAAAUGGUUGGUUUCUUGCUGUCAAAAAAAUAGAUGACACCCCAAAUAAUGAGGCUCAAUUUGUGUCUGAGCUCUUAGCUCUGGCUAGAAUGAGACAUGACAACUUAAUCCCUCUUUUGGGGUUUUGCAUGGUUGAAAACGAAAGGCUUCUGGUCUACAAACACAUGACAAAUGGGAAUCUCCAUGAUUACUUACACCGAGUUGAAGAAGGUGAUGCUAAAAUCCUACAAUGGCCUCUGAGGAUCAAAAUUGGUAUGGGAAUAGCCAGAGGCUUGGCAUGGCUUCACCAUAAGUGUGUCUUUCGAGUAGUCCAUCGAAGAAUAAGCUCAAGGAGUGUCUUACUGGAUGGUUACUUCGAAGCCAAGAUAUCGAAUUUCGGUAAAGCAAUCAUUUCAAACUAUGGUGGAGUAAUGUUUGUGUACCCAAAUGAGAGUGAUUCUGGGUUGUUUGUGAAUAGUGGGGUGUGGGAGUCUGAUUUUGUUAAGAAGGAUGUGUAUGAUUGUGGAACUGUGUUGCUCGAGUUGAUAACUGGUUCUGGCUCUGGCUCUAAUCUUCACAGCACUUUGGCAGAGUGGAUCAGUCAUGUUUCGACUAGUCCUGGUAUAUUGAAUGAUGCCAUUGACAAAGCCUUAAUUGGGCAAGGAUUUGAUGAUGAGAUCUUGGAUAUGCUCAGAAUAACAAGAGACUGUGUUCAUCCUAUGCCAUAUGAAAGGCCAACAAUGCUGCAAGUGUAUGAAAGAAUUAGUAAUAUUGGACUCAGAUAUGGUAUUCCAUGUGAUUUUGGACUUUUGAUGCAACCAAAACGUAGCUAACAUGUUCAAACUCAAAGUAGUCAUUUGGAUUUAUGUAUCUUUAUCAAAAGAAUCUUAUUUUAUUGAUUGGAUUUUAGAUUUUAUAUAUAACAAUAACACCUUUUCAUUUCCGUU